GCGUUUGUGCCAUGUGAUGGAUAAGCGGUAUGGAAAAUGGAUGAAAUGGAUGGAUGGAUGGACGGACAUUAAUAAAAGCGUCAUAAAUUUCAACACUUCAAGGUUUUCUUGUUGAGCAGGUGAAGACAUUUAUUAGUGAAGUGAAGUCUAUUUGGGGAUAAUUGUGUGUGUGGUGGAGACGCAUUGCACUUCUGGAUGUAAUAUUCAUUCAUAAUAAUCCCCAGUGUACAGUACAGUACAAUACAGCUUUCCGUAUGGAUCGAGUCGGAGGCAUGUGACGUCACGUUGCGCCGCCCACCAAGCCGUCAGUCUGAGCGCGAGGCAGGGACGGAGGAAGAUGGUGGUGGAGCCGGGCGGGGCUCGUGUUCCGUUACACUGCUGAAAUAACAGGCAGCCGAGCACAGUUAAAUGUGUGGCUGUGUCCGAACCUGCACUAACCUGGAGCUGAGAGACUGCUGUCCACUCUGUCCUCUGAGAAAAGCAAACCUCCAUUGCGUUCUUCCUGGAUAACCCACGGGAUAGAUGAGCCUAGGAGGGUCUCAGGGGAGCCUGGAGCCUAUCCAGGAGAUUCGGGUAACGAGGCAGGGGACACCCUGGACGGGGUGCCAACCCAUCGCAGGGCACAAUCACACACACAGUCACACACUACGGACAAUUUGGAAAUGCCACUAAGACUACAACGCAUGUCUUGGGACUGGGGGAGGAUACCGGAGUACCAGCGGAAACCCCCGAAGCACGGGGAGAACAUGCAAACUCCGCUCACACAGGGCAGAGGCGGGAAUGGAACCCCCAACCCUGGAGGCCCUGUCUGUGCUGCACCUGGCCUGGGGGAGAUGAUGCAGUAAGUGUAGAUCAUCAUUUGUACUAGCCAUGAGCCAUCAGGAGGCGCCGCUGGACUAUGAGCCUGUUGAGGCAACCGAAGCUGACCUGGGCCGCCGAGAGCAGCCGUCCUCCCAGCGCAGACGACACGAAAACUCGGGCCGCUCUCGUCAUCACCACAGUGGUAAUGGCAGUGAAAGCAACCACUCCCAGUCUGGAUCGCAGAGGCAACGCCGUCAUGAGGGAUCUGAAGGGACCGGGCGACCGCGCACCUCCCGCAGGAUGCCUGAAGAAGGUGACGUGGAGCAGCAGCAAGCUCAGAGGCCGAUCCCACGGCCAGCAGUGAGCCGCUACCGCAGGCAAGGGGACACAGAGGCACGGCUGAGAGCUCAACAACAACGGCAGAGGCAGAGAGAGAGGGAAAGACAACAGAGAGAGGCAGAAAGAGCUGAGCAACAGCGACUGGAAGAAGAAGAGGACGACCACAGUGCCCUGGCACGCUCUGCAAGUACGGAGAGUGGAUUCCAUAACCACACAGACCAGGCCGAGGGUGAUGCUGUCAUGGCACUGGAGGCUGAACCUGAUGAUGAGGGUAUGUACGGUUUGGCACUACGACCUGAGGCGGAGGAAUAUGCAGAAAGCGCGGAAUCUGAGCAGCAGCCCCAGUACCCUCCCCAACCCCCUCCACUUCCCCACGAGCCCCUGCAAAACAUGGAGCGACCAACCAGACAUGAUGCCGAGGCACUCAACCCCGGUUACUCCAACUAUGUUUACACCCAGCCUCGGCCUGAAGAUCAGCCCUAUUCCGAGCCCUACGCUGACUAUGGAGUCCAGGAGCAUGUAUACGAGGAGAUCCCAGAAGCCCCUGAAGGAGACAUGCCUCAGCAGCGUUGUGCUGGACUCCGGCUCCUGGAGCGUGAUUCGUACGGGCAGCAGGAGUCUGUGGGUUCCAGACUCCACCACUACGACGAGCGCUCGGACGGUGAAUCCGACAGUCCUGAGAAGGAAGCUGAAUUCGCGCCCUACCCACGCACCGACAGCUGUGAGCAGGAUGAGGAUGUUGAGCAUAUCAUGGACGAAGUGAAGGAGAGUUUGGGUUCACAGAGCCUGGAGCACCCUGCAGCAGAACAGGGAACAGACAGACACAAAGAUCAAAAACAGGCAGAAGAGGGGAAGCUUCAGGAGCUAGUGAACGAGGGAGGGAAAGGAGAGGAUGGCAGAUCCUCCAUGAGCAGCCCCUCUGAGGAGUCAGCUCAAGUCAGGAGCAGUAGGCAGAAGAGGGACGCCAUCUCCCUGGCCAUCAAGGACAUCAAGGAGGCCAUCGAAGAGGUGAAGAGCAGGACGGUGCGUUCACCCUACACACCAGACGAGCCCAAAGAGCCCAUCUGGGUGAUGAGGCAAGACUUGAGCCCCAGCAUGGAGUCGGACCUGCAGCCACCACUAGGGGGAGAUUCUCCAGGCCCAGCCUCCACCUCUCCACAGGGGGCGGAGUCUUCCAGCAGCAACCUGCUGCAGCAUGAGGGGAGUGAAAACUUUGAGUCCCCGUCUCCUGCUGGCAAAGAGGUAGGAGUCCAACAUUCGAGGAGGAGCAUCGCUUCAUUCCCAACAUAUGUGGAAGUUCCAGGCCCGUGCGACCCAGAGGACCUUAUCGACGGCAUCAUUUUUGCCGCAAACUAUCUGGGCUCGACGCAACUGCUGUCAGACAAGACACCUUCAAAGAACGUCCGCAUGAUGCAGGCUCAGGAGGCCGUCAGUCGCAUAAAGACGGCCCAGAAAUUAGCCAAAAACAGGAAGAAGGCCCCUGAGGGCGAGACGCAGCCCAUGACAGAGGUGGAUCUCUUCAUUUCCACUCAAAGAAUCAAAAUGUUGAACGCUGACUCUCAGGAGACCAUGAUGGACCACCCAUUAAGGACCAUUUCUUACAUCGCGGACAUCGGGAACAUUGUGGUUCUGAUGGCCAGGAGGAGAAUGCCUCGCUCCGACUCUCAGGAGAACAUGGAGGCGUCUGAUCCAGCCCAAGACGAAAAGCGCCAGUACAAGAUGAUCUGUCACGUGUUCGAGUCUGAAGAUGCUCAACUCAUAGCACAGUCCAUUGGCCAGGCCUUCAGUGUAGCAUAUCAGGAAUUCCUGCGCGCCAACGGCAUCAACCCUGAGGACCUGAGCCAGAAAGAGUACAGUGACCUCCUUAACACACAGGACAUGUACAACGAUGACCUCGUACACUUCUCGAAGUCAGAGAACUGUAAAGACGUUUACAUAGAGAAGCAGAAAGGAGAGAUCCUAGGAGUGGUGAUUGUAGAGUCAGGCUGGGGCUCCAUCCUUCCUACAGUCAUCAUUGCUAACAUGAUGCAUGCUGGGCCAGCAGAAAAAUCUGGAAGACUGAAUAUUGGAGACCAGAUCAUGUCCAUCAAUGGCACCAGUCUGGUUGGACUUCCUCUCUCCACUUGCCAGAGCAUCAUCAAGGGGCUGAAGAACCAGUCCAGGAUCAAGCUGAACAUUGUGAGAUGCCCACCAGUCACCACUGUGCUCAUCAGAAGGCCAGACCUGAGAUACCAGUUGGGCUUCAGCGUGCAGAAUGGCAUUAUUUGCAGCCUCAUGAGAGGGGGGAUAGCUGAACGAGGUGGCGUGCGCGUCGGUCACCGCAUCAUUGAGAUCAAUGGCCAGAGCGUGGUGGCGACUCCUCACGAGAAGAUUGUACACAUUCUGUCCAAUGCAGUCGGCGAGAUUCACAUGAAGACAAUGCCUGCUGCCAUGUACCGCCUGUUGACAGCCCAGGAGCAGCCAGUUUACAUCUAAAAGCCACAGCGAUACCCUCAACCUCCUGACCUCACCUCACCUCACCCUGAUCUUUAUCCUGUGGACUGACGAUUGCGUGAGUGAAUCCAUGACCACUAUUUAUCCACGAUGUUUCACUUUCUCCCAACUGCCUGUCCACUUCCUGUCAGCACAAGGUUUUCAGCCUGUAAAAUCUCUAGUUCUGCACACGUCUCCCCAUCCAGGUGGAAAACAUUAACUAACCCAGACACAGAAUGAAAGAACUCCAUGACAUUGGUCUCCUAAAUAUAUUUACACUCUAUCACACUCUGUUAAAGUUUCGCACUGUUUGGCCAUGCAGUUGUUUGAUGUAAUUUAUGGAAACUUUUUUUUCACCCCUAUGUGAUUUAUUUGAACCUGGCAACCAUCAGACAUUCCAGCUUUAUUCUCUUCCACUCAAGUUCUAAACGAGCAGCUGUUAGCCAGAGUGUGGAGGAGCGGACUAAACAUUUCUGAGGAACUGCAGGCUCUAAGGGUGCGUUCCUCAGAAUAACGGCUAAUUAUAGUAAACAGAACUGUGCGCGCUGUGGUCACACACAGAAGGGGUUCUCAAACCUUUUAUAUCCAGAGAUCCCUUUACCCAUAAUAAAUCAAUAAAAAUCCAUGGACACAUUCGUUCGCAAAUGAACUAAUAAAAUAGACACAUUAUUUAAACGAGUACGAUUCGACGAGUACAAAGAUUCCAGUCGACAUCAUAAAUUUGAUAAUGAUGGGUUUCCACCUCUGACGAAAUGACGUACAGGAUAUAAUGAUAUAAUGCACAGUGUGGACUAUUAAUGCCUUAAAACAGUGGUCACUAACCCGCUUCCUGUAGGGUUCUCCAAUCAAAAUCUAACACACCUGCUUUAGCCGAUCAAGAACUUCUUAAGGCAAUGAUUAGACGGUCAGGUGGGAACGAUUAUGGUUGGAGCUAAAGUCUUCACGAACAGGGUUGGUGGCCAUUGCCUUAAAAUAGUGAUGCCAUACAUAAAGAGCUCCGAGUUGAUCAAAUCAAGAUAUAGAGUAGCAUAAAGAAACAUGAGCUGAACUUCUUUAUUGGUAGGGCAUAAAGACUUAGUCAGAAUUAGAAUUGGGGUGGUUAAAAUUAUAUUUAUAUAUAUAUAUAUAUAUAUAUAUAUAUAUAUAUAUAUAUAUAUAUAUAUAUAUACACACAAAUCAGAAUGAUGGUGACCAGUGUUUUGUUUUUGUCUGGAUUUCUCUUCAGCUAACUUUGUGAUAUUUUGUGGUGACUGAAUCAUUUCCACUGUUUUCUAGUGUACAGAACAUAUUUUUCUUUUUCUUUUUUCUUCAACUAUUUCUGAUUGAUCAUUUCUAUUCAAGGAUAAUUCUGUUUGUAUGUGUACUAAGUAUUUUCAUUUGGUUUGGGGGGUAAAACAAACAAACAAAACAACAAUUUAUACUUGAAAAAUAUUGUUUGUAAAGGGUUAGAAGUCAUAUACUGGCGCCCGUCUUUAAGAGUAUGAUUUUUAUGUAGUUUGAGUUAAAACUAAAAACCCAUCGAUCGCCCGUUCUGAGACCAGUUCAAGAAUUCAAGUUCAUUUUUUCACCGUUUGACCGAUUCGAGCAUUUCCUGCAUUAGUGCUUGGCCACAAGCUCUUCAGUGUUCAGACCUCAUAAAUGUGAUAGACUAAGGGUUCUCCCCAGGCUGGGUGUUUUCCCAGAACCCUCAAUUGCUUUUAGUGCACUUUUAGUAUAUUUCACGGCCCUGGAUUGAUCUCUACUAACUCCCAGACGAUACCGUUCAAAUGAUACUGUGAUUAUAAACGAUAUUGUGAAAUGAUUGACACCGGUAUAUCUGUAAUACCACAGGUAUAGGUGCAUAUAUCCUGAACAGGAAUAUGAAGCAUUGUGAUGUUAAUGGUACCAUGGAUUUAAGUCUACAUUCACAAUCGCAGGCCACAUUAUUGCUGCAGUAUGUCCGUGUCAUAUACCCAAACGUGGCUUUUGUACACACACACACUGCUUUGUGUUUCAACUAUAAACAUCCUUGCCUUACGACUGCUGUAAUUUCCAUGGAAGCACAAGCAGGACGGCGUCAUGGUACUUUUCUUAAGCAUGGUCUAUCAUGUCUUUGGUAUGCAUUCAUGCUAGUAGUGGGUGUGAUGUGUGACAACAAACUACUCCACUGUAAAACAAAACCAGCUACAUAACUGCAUAUAAAUAUAUAUUUAUACACACACACACACACACACACAUUUCAGUAUACACAUCCAGUGAUUGUGUAUAUACAGUAUGUACAUUUUCAAAUCGCAAAGCAGAGAGGCAAGAAGGUUGGGCUCGUGUAUUACUCUCUUUAGGCAUCUCUAUCCAAGAGGAUUUCUUCUGCUUCUGGGACGAGUCGGCAGCAAACACACGGAAAUUGGCAUCAUGUUUACGUCAGUCGGUUCGACUGCAUGAAGCUGCAGUGCGACACUUAAUCGAGCUCCGGUGAACCGAAAAACUGCAAAAUGUUAAUAGCAAAUUCGGAUCGUACUACAGGAGCGAUCAGUCCGAAUUCAGUUAUAUUCAAAUAUAAACGUCAAUCCUGCAGUUCUGCGUAUACAAACAAGGCCACAUAUAUGCAAGCUUUGAUGAUGUUGUCGGCUAUGGAUGGGUUUACAUGGGAGAACAAAAAAUCGAAAAUCACUGUACGUGCUGCUUUAUGGUCAUUGUUGAAACACAGUCGAGACUAAACUUCCCCCAAAACACACUGAACACACAGAUGUGAAGUACACAGUCGUGUCUGUACUGCGAGAGGAAACACAUUGCCUUGUGGUGGUGUUCUGAUUAAGACGAAAGAGUAGAUGGUGGGUUUGACUAGUGUUUCUUAUGCACUUGCUCUGAAUGUAUUUAAACUUAUAUCUAUGUUUGUCUAUAUGGUAAAGAAAUAGGGUAAAAAAAAAUAACACUUUCUGUAAAGCAAAGGCAAUGUUUAUUUAUUUGCGAGCUUUUUCUGUGAUGAAUCAUUGAGCCACAUUCCUACGCCAUAGCAGGAAUGUUUGUAACAGUAUUUACGACAAUAAAUGACUUAAUGAGAAAAUA